UAUCCGAUCCUAAAGACUUUUGUGAAGAUAGAAUAGACGUGACAUUUUAAUUACAACGUGUCAUUAUUGGUCACAGCUAAGCUGCAAUGAAAAUUAUGACGAAAGGAAACGUGAAACGUCUAGCAGACCAUGCUUACGUUAUAUGCAGCGGCAAUAACUGUUCUCGUUCAUCAAUCGCUCAAAAAAUUGGCGUAUUUAGGACAUGUGAGCGUCUUGAUUUUUUAGGCCGCAACAAAUCUCAAGAUCAUGGAAAUUACUUUUCAAAGAAGUACAAGUUAUAUAAUUAUUCUUUAAAUCUUGGAAGAAUGGCUGUACGAAGUAAGACGGUUGGCACUUCGUACGACAGCAAAUGCAAAUAUCUUCGAAGACCUGUAAUACCAUUUAGCGUGCCGAAGAUAGAGACUACGGAUAUUCCAUAUUAUUUGGACCGCAAAGUUCUGAGCGGGAUCUUACAGAGACAAUGUUACACCGUACCUCCUAAGUUGGAACAGUACAAAAAUGCCGGAACACAAACGGAUUAUAGAGAGAGCGAAGCGCAAACCGAACCCUGGGAACCACCGUAUAAGAUUGUUCCUGGUCACAAUCCCGAAGUAUUGACGUUGGCUCAUCUAACUUGGGAACACGGAUUACCAGCGGGCAUCCACGACAUACAUGUAAUCAACAGAUUGCGAAUGAAAGGAGCAUGGGAGGCCAUCCUGCCACCGAUGGAUACGCCAGCCAACAUAAGAAUGCGGAAUUCAAUAAUAACAGCUUUAGAAAUAGAUAGAUGGGCUUUCCGGGAGUCGGAGAUACAAUUCAUAAUGGACUUACGAUUGAAACUGAUGAAAGACCUCUCGCGAAAUCGCGAGUCGAUAUACAAGAAAAAACUGCAGGGCCGUUUCAGUAGGCUUCAGGACAAACUGAGGAAACAUCGAGACGACCGAGUCAAUAGCAUCAGACACGAUCUUGAACGAGAUCUGCGGAAAUUAUGCAGAAAACAAUGCCAUAAGCGACAACCGCGCAAACUCGAUAUAAUCGAGCAACAUGCCGAUCCAAAAUCUGAAUUGUAUGCACCGCAAUUGCGUUUCGGAGAACAUUCCCGAGGACGGCAUGAAACAUUGCAAAAGCGAUUUUUGAGCGAAGACUAUAUCGAACAAGAAGAAGAGAAAGUAGAUACAACGCUCAGUUGGUUACCGAUUAUCGAAGAGCCGAAAGUGAUUAAACGUGAAUUGUCGAAGCCAACGGACAUUUGUAUCAGAGAGUCUAGAUGGACAGAAGAGAAAUUAAAACAGCUUCAUUCUGAUCUGAAGGCGAUUCGAUUGAACGUGAAAUCCGUAGAUGCAGUUCCGCGGUUAAUGAAACGUAAAUUCAAACGGUCAACUCUGCCGGUUACACCUCGCAGAUCAGGUGUGUGGGACAGUACACAGAAGAAACGAGAGGAAUCCGCUACAUUUGUUCAGAAGAUCGUCAAGGGUAGAGCGAUACAAUGUCUGAUGUACGAAGGACGUAACAGAUGUAGAGAACUGAUCGAGGAGUUGCAGUCGACCCAGACACCUGAACAAAACGGUGAAGAGGAACUGUAUGAUGAAAAGAUACAUGUUGUCGAGUCGCAGCGGCUACAAGACGACAAAUCUGUGCAGGAGGAUCGUUUGUGCGAGAUUCUCAAUUCUUUGGAAGGAAAGACGGUUUGCGGGACAUUGGAUCUCCUUAGCAAGGAACUGGUGAGAUUAAAGGACGAACGUAGGGCCCAUGCUUUCGCUUUGCUCGCUGAAAGAGAGAGGUGCAUGAGAGAGGCCGCCGAAGCUGGUACACGGCAGAUGGAGCGUAAUCGCCGACGAGAAUUCGAUGAAAUGUUCAAACAGAUUGUGAAGGUGAAUCAGGACUCGGUAGAGGUUUACUUGGAAGAUAUUAUAAAGGAGGGUAUCGACUGGGUAUCCGAGGAGACAGCUAAAGAGCACAUUCUGGAACUUUGUGAUAAAGUAGAUGAUAUAGCAAAGCAUACUUCGAAAAAUGCGAACGACUUGGUAGAAGAAGAAUUGGUAACGGAUAUGAUUUAUAAUUUCGUUCUACCUGAAGUGAAGAAAUACGACAUGAGGAAAAAAGUCCACGAUCAACAACAAAGUUACAUGCAAAGCGCACACGAAGCAAUUUAUGAGAAAAUUUUAGAGUUACCUUCCAUUGAAUCAUCUGAAAUCACAAAUCAAGAGACUGAUAUUAAAUAUGAGGACAUGCAAGUGAUUUUCACGGGUGAUACAGAACAAGAUGUCGGAAUAGAAGAACCGCUGACUGAUGAUUCAGUUGUCGAAGAUAAAAAGUGAACUAAAUUAAAAUUCAAGUUCACAAGCUAGAGAACGCACGUGAUACUCGAAGUCUGGCAGAAUCUUCUCGUCAAAAUGCUCCAUAGCCAUGCUACUAAUGUCUCGCAGCUCUUGAAGUAUCUCAUGUGCUCGAGGUGGUGUCUUUGUGUCACGAAUUAGCCGAAGAACACGAAAAAUUUCAUCGAUUACCUGAUUGCAAUUUACACACGGCAUUAUGUAAUGGCCAUUACAAAUAUACUUCGAACUUAUUCAGUACUACUA